AUGAAGUAUUCUGGUCUGCUCGUAGGAGUCGCAGCUGUUGGCGCCAUCGCCGUGCCUGCUCCUCACAACUAUGAACUUCACGAGAAACGCGAAUUUAUGCCAUCUUCCUGGAAUGAAGGAAAGAGACUAGACGGCUUGACAUCGCUUCCUGUGCGAAUUGGUCUGACGCAGUCUAACUUGAACCAUGGUCAUGACCUUCUCAUGGAAAUGUCGAACCCAUCUUCGAGCCGCUAUGGUCAACAUAUGUCCGAGUCCGAGGUACAUGACUUGUUUUCACCUAGCCAGGAGAGCGUGGAUAGUGUUCGUGGAUGGUUGGAGUCCUCAGGUGUUGCUGCGGACCGCAUCUCGCAGUCCGUGAAUAAGCAGUGGAUGCAGUUUGAUGCCGAUGCUAGAGAGCUAGAGAAGCUGCUCCGCGCAGAAUACUAUGUCUAUGCUCACUCUGAGACCGGCCGUUCUCACGUUGCAUGCAGCGAAUAUCAUUUGCCGAGCUCGGUGCGUGAGCACGUUGACUACAUCACUCCGGGUAUUACUUUGCGUGAAGUGACCGCCGUGGGAAAACGCAGUGAUGCAAAACUUAAGAAGCGAGUUGCGAACGGGCUGCCGCCCAUUCUAGAGCCAAUCGCAGUUCCACUCGAACAGUUGCUUGGCCAGCUGCUUGAUUUCUGUGAUAUUGCCAUUACCCCUCAGUGUAUCCGGGACAUGUAUAACAUCACGGAAGGCACAUCAGCAGCCCAUGGUAAUGAACUAGGAAUUUUUGAAGGUAUUGGCGACGUCUACGCCCAAGAGGAUCUUAACCUCUUUUUCACAACGCUUGCAAGCGAUAUCCCUACUGGAACUCACCCAACUCUGAAAGCUGUCGAUGGCGCCAAGGCUCCUGCUCCAUUGCAAAGUGCGGGCGCUGAGUCUGAUUUGGAUUUCCAGAUUUCUUAUCCAAUCAUCUGGCCUCAGAACUCGGUUCUCUUCCAGACGGAUGACAUGGUCUACGAAGAGGACUACACAUUCCGCGGCUUCCUCAACACCUUUUUGGAUGCUAUCGAUGGUUCAUAUUGUGAUGAAGUCUCGCCUCUUGACCCUCCUUACCCAGAUCCUAACUCUGGCGGCUACAAAGGCACGUUGCAGUGCGGUGUCUAUGAGCCGACUAACGUGAUUUCGAUUUCUUACGGGGGCGACGAAGCCGAUCUCCCCAUUGCGUACCAGCGACGCCAGUGCAACGAGUUCAUGAAGCUCGGCAUGCAGGGCGUGUCUGUCGUUGUCGCUUCCGGUGACUCUGGCGUUGCUGGGGCCAGCAGCUGCCUGGGCGAAGAUGGCAAGGUCUUCAAUCCUGACUUCCCGGCCUCAUGCCCGUACUUGACGGCUGUGGGAGCGACCGUAAUUCCCCUUGGUGCCGGUGCCACAGAACACAAGGAAGAGGCUGUAUCCCGUUUCCCGUCUGGCGGUGGGUUCAGCAACAUCUACGAGCACCCCGACUACCAGGCUCAAGCUGUGGCAGACUACUUCUCCACGGCUAAGCCUAGCUACCCGUACUAUGAAAGCGUCAAUAAUAAUAGCUUCGCAGCCAACGGCGGUAUCUAUAACCGGAUCGGACGUGGGUAUCCUGAUGUUUCUGCGAUCGGUGACAACGUCGUCAUCUUCAAUGGCGGCUUGCCAACCUCAAUUGGCGGUACCUCGGCCUCGGCCCCGGUAUUUGCCUCUAUUUUGACCCGUAUCAAUGAGGAGCGACUAGCUGCAGGCAAGACAACAGUCGGAUUCGUCAAUCCUAUCCUGUACGCACAUCCGGAGGCCUUUUUCGACAUCAUCAAGGGUGAUAAUCCAGGCUGCGGCACCAACGGGUUCUCCGCUGCUGUGGGCUGGGAUCCAGUGACUGGAUUGGGUAGUCCAAACUACCCAGCCUUGCUGAAGGUCUUUAUGGGCCAGUGA